AUGCCGAAGAACAAGAAGACCAACAACCUAAAUUUGAAGACUUUUGUGGAUGACACUGUGGGCUUGAUUGAUGGAGCAGAUGUUACCUUCUCACACUGUUAUAGAAAAGCUGAUAAAGCGACUGAUUUUCUAGCAAAAAUGAUCUACAGAUCAGCUGUGCACGUAAAGAUUAAAGCGACAUUUGAAUUUAUUUUAGAGAUCAUGCUCGAUGAUGGUCAAAAAUUGUAUAAAGGAUUAGCCAUGUAUCGACUAACUACUCCUACUGCUUGUGCAAUGUUGGGUCUUGUACAUACCAUGGAGAAUAGUAAACUUCCCACUGCUGAUGUCUAUGGAACUACCAUUUUAAAUGCUGUGAAAAACACAGUCCAUCCAUCUACACAAGUGGUCGACCAGGACAAUCCAGUCGUAAACUUUGUCAAGUCUAACCAUUUCUCCUAUGCCAUUGUUGUUGUGGGUGAGAUACCCUACGCAGGGAUGUCUGGUGAUAGUGCAAACCUUACAAUAGCUGAACCUGGUCCAAGCAUCAUAUCCAAUGUCUGUGGAGUUGUGAAGUGUGUGGUAGUUGUCAUUUCUGGGCGUCCAGUUGUGAUGGAGCCAUAUCUUUCAAAUAUAGACACCCUUGUGGCUGCUUGGCUUCCGAGAAGUGAAGGCCAAGGUGUUGCCGAUGUUCUGUUUGGUGACUAUGGAUUAACAAGCAAACUCAUGCGCACUUGGUUCAAGUCAGUUGAUAAGCUUCACAUGAAUGUUGGUGAUCCACAUUAUGAUCCUUUGUUUCCUUUUGGAUUUGGUCUCACUACUGAGCCACUUGAGCUAAAAUUCACCAAUGGGCCCGAAACAACACUCCUAACCUACAGCCCAGAAAUGGCAAACAACUUCCCAUUUUCCCAGCAACCACAGAUCCCUUCGAUAACACUCACAACGGCACCACUUUCUCCAGUCGUGGUUGGAGCUAGCUCUGCAAGAUAG